ACGGAAUCCAAUGGCGUCAGAGAAGAAAUUGAGCAACCCAAUGAGGGAUAUCAAGGUUCAGAAGCUAGUCCUCAACAUCUCUGUCGGUGAGAGCGGAGAUAGGCUUACCAGGGCGGCCAAGGUCUUGGAGCAACUAAGCGGUCAAUCCCCUGUUUUCUCCAAAGCUAGGUAUACUGUGCGAUCCUUCGGAAUCAGGCGUAAUGAGAAGAUAGCUUGCUAUGUCACCGUGAGAGGAGAGAAAGCUAUGCAGCUCCUUGAGAGUGGAUUGAAAGUCAAGGAGUACGAGUUGUUGAGAAGAAACUUCAGUGAAACUGGCUGCUUUGGUUUUGGUAUCCAGGAGCACAUCGAUCUUGGAAUUAAGUACGAUCCUUCAACCGGUAUCUACGGUAUGGAUUUCUAUGUUGUGCUAGAGCGCCCAGGAUACCGUGUUGCUCGUCGUCGUAGAUGCAAGUCUCGAGUUGGAAUUCAACACAGGGUCACAAAAGAGGACUCAAUGAAGUGGUUCCAGGUCAAAUAUGAAGGUGUUAUCCUUAACAAAUCUUCAAACAUUCAGUAAGUUGGAAAUCCCAGUGUUGGAUCAGUUUGUUUCCUCAUCAAGUGUUAUGUUUUUUAUCCAUUUUGUAGACCAACAAUUACUAUUACUCUCUGAGGAGUUUAAAAGUUUUGGUGAGUUAAAAUGUUAA